AUGCACGGCCUUCUCCCCAUCCUCCUCCUCUGCUCGUCUCUCCUCGCAACCACAGCCAACGCCGACAACCCGACCGCGGAAUCCUGCCCGAGCGACACGAACUACACGCGCGGCAGCUCGUUCCAGGCCAUCCUCGACGCCCUCCUCUCAUCACUCCCCGCGACCGCCGCCGCCGCGCCCACAGGGUUUGCCACGAACACCACCGGAACCUCUCCCGACCAGGCGGCCUACGGCCUCGCGCAGUGCCGCGCCGACGUCAUCGACACGUCGGGCAAGUGCGCAGGCCAGAAGAAGGCCGUGCUCGUCUACGACAACUGCCUGCUGCGGCUCUCCGACGAGAGGUUCUUCGGCGCCGUCGACAUGUCACCUGUGGCCUACCUGUCGAACUCGCAGAACGCGACGCAGCCGGAGCAGUUCGCGCCGCGGCUCGGCGUGCUGAUGAGCAACCUCACGAAGAAGGCGGCGCUCGAGUCCCCGCGGAUGGACCUUACCGCCGACGACUGCAACCGCUGCCUCGUCAACGCCGUCUCGUCGAUCCCGAGCUGCUGUAGCGGGAUGAAGGGUGGCCAGCUCAUCUACGCUAGCUGCUCCAUCCGGUUCGAGGUGGAGCCGUUCUACAACAUCCAGGCCGCCGAGGCGGUGAUGUCGCCGGUGCCGGCCCCGGGAGGCGGGUUCGUCAACGGAAGUGACCACUCGGGUCCAGGAAGCGACGGGAGUAAUCAAACAGUCAGGACAGCUCUUCUCGUGUCAAUCCCUGUCGCUGUUGCGCUGCUGGUGCUGCUGCUAGUUGUUGCCUAUCUCUGCAACCGGAACAGAAAACCACACAAGCAUGUGCAGAUUGCAAGCAUCAGGCACGCUACAAAACGGGCAGGAGAUUGCAGUGAAGAGGUUGUCUGCAACUUCGCAGCAAGGACAGAUGGAGAUGAAGAACGAGGUUUUCCUGUUGGCGAAGCUCCAGCACAGGAACUUGGUUUGGAGGCAGUGGAGCCGUGGGAGCGUGCAACCGCUGCUGGAGGGGUGCCCCGAGGACUCGAGGAGGGGCGUCGGGCGCAGGAGAUGCUGAGGUGCAUCCACGUCGGUCUGCUCUGCGUCCAGGAGGACCCGCACCUCCGCCGCAGCAUGGCGUCGGUCGUCGUCAUGCUCAACAGCCGCUCCAUUACGCUACCGGCCCCCAACGCACCAGCCUUCGCGAUGCCGGGCCGUGGUCUCACGGUGACCGCGGACGCGGACGCGCCCGUGACGGGGACGGAUCGCCAGGGUGCGAGGGCGGUGGCAGCAGGUCGGGGACAGUCCAUGUCCAUCAAUGAUGCCUCCCUUACUGACUUGGAGCCGCGUUGA